AUGGAGCCCCCAGGCGACAGCGUUAUCAGAGUGGAUACGCAAGAACCGUCGCAUCUGUCACGGGGGGAUGCCAUCUAUGAGCAGGCCACCCAACAACCCCCUCCGCGGGCGUCGGACGAGAACGAAAUGUUCGAUCAGCAGACGCAGGAACAGUCCCCACUGAGGUCAUGUCGGGAAAGGCUUCAGGAACCAGAGGAUGACAACCAGCAACACCAGCAGGAGACAUGUGGGCUUCCGGGUUCUGGUGAGGCGCGACUCGACGCGGAGGAACACAGUGAUGAUGGUGUUUCUGACUAUGCCAACGAUGAUGAGAGCACGUCCAAGAGCGGUCGCUCCGGCCGGACCAGCGACUGCUGCGCCGGCGGAGACCGCACCGGUGCCGGCGCCACCGACAGCUCCGACCCGAUCGGUUCCUGUUCGUUCGAAAAGUCCGACAACCAGGCAACAUCCGCCUUCGCCGCCGACGGGCCUGCGAAUCGCCUGAACGAGAUGGAGGAUGGCAGGGCUAGCAGUGGCCGUGUUGACUCGAGGUCAUCCGGAGCUGAUCGAAAGGGUGGCGAAGGCGACAUGGAGGCGACGGAGGGUGCCAAAGACAUGAGCAGCGGUGAAGAUGGAAGCCUUCCAGAAGAAGAGCUAGCUGUUGUGCGGGACCAGCGGAAGAGGGAGGCCAUCAUCCGGAAGAAGGUCGGGGACGGAUUCCAAAAAAUCACCAAUUCCUACAUGACCGCAAGCAGCGCCAUCAAGGAGGUGGAGGCAGAGCAGGCAAGAAUGCUCAAGGGAGAAAACGAGAUCAAAGAAGGUCUCACAAAGUUCAGCUUGCGAGUGAGGAAGGCCACCGAUGCCUUGCAGACGCAGCUACUGGCGGCGCUCAGAGGUGAACCCAGCGGCGCGGAGGAAGAGACCCCGCUGACUGCCGAGCUUGAGCAGCGCGACCGUGUGUGCACGGGCAUGAUCGGCGAACAUCACGACCUAGAAUCAACUGGACACCACUCGCGGGAAGAGAGUGAAGCAUCCGCCUCUUCCACCGAGUCAAUUGCCAUCAUCAAUCAGGGCGAGCGGCGCGCUGCGCUCAACCAUUCCCCUCGCAGAGCCACAAGUGAUGCUACCGCUGCCAGCGGUGGUGGCGGUCCUCUUGCCGGAACCAGAAUAGUCGACUCCUCCACCAUGAGCCGAAUGAAAUUCAACUGUCGACAGCCGUCUGAUAGCGCUGAAGUCGACGGUGGGAUUGGUCGUGCCUCUCGCCGCAUUUCAUCAAGUGCGAUUGACAGGCUCGCCGACAGGAUGCCGAGCCGAGAGGAGCAAGUGCACCUUGCGGCUGGACAGUCGGAUUGUGGUUCUGCUACCACAAGCGACACGAUGAAUGGCAUGGGCAGCACGAGUGGCACCGACAUGGAGGAGGUUGGCCUUGCGCGUACCCAUUCGCUCCACGCUGAAGGAGCGAGAGGUUGCAAUGGCGGCGGCGGCGGCGUCAGCAGCAGCAGGAGCAGGAGCAGCAGGAGCAGCAGCAGCGGCAUUCCCCCUGCUUUUCCCCACAAACGCCCCCGCCUGAACCCCGCUCCCACACUAGCACAGACUCGCGACGCAGGUGCGACUGUUGGCCCCGGCGGUUGGACGCGCCCGGCAUUUUAGGCGUGCUGUUGACUCCGGCAAUCACCGUGCGAGUCACUACGCAGCGAUUGAAAGUCGUGAUCAAUUCAAAGGUGGAACGAAAUGGACGCGGGACAAAUUCGGGACAGAGCACAUUUUCAGGACCAGGGAGUGCACGUGAUUGGCGGGUGAUAUGACUCGCUGCUGUUGUUGUGCGGUCACAGCACGUUGCCUAGAACUCGAACACAGCCCACCACGUGAAAGGGAGUGUACGCUAGCUGAAUAAAUCUCGAGGUGACGGCAAACCGACUACCGGAGAUUUUCAGCGUUCUCACGCAUUUACCUUGGAAGUUUUGUUUUACUGAGUUCCGCGCCUGUGUUGCCCUUUGCAGUGUCCACCUGGAUUGCCCUCUAGGAUUCAAAGUACUUUGAGAGAUGCUGAUGGUCUAACACAUGUUGUUGAAAUGCUGUGGGAAAUUCAACUGACGGUGCGGGUGGUGAGUGGCGUUUCACCCUCGGUUGGCUUCACGCUGUCGCCAACCCGCAUCUUGCACACCAACUAUUGAUGGGAUCCGGGAGCACUGACUACAUGAAGUUGUGCACACAAUACGCUUUAGUACUGUUUCCAAGGAGUCCUGUUUUUCGUCUGGUACGCUGGUGGCACGUUUCGCUGCUCAUCCUCGUUGUCCACUAUCCAAUGCCGUUGGUUCGUUGUCGUUUGAAGCCGAUUUAGUGAAAGUUUUCGGCACGUUUGGCAUUCCCGGGAUCGCUUGAUCUAGAACACCUUUUCAUUGAGAACAUGCCCCCAAGGGCGUAUGGUGGUGCACGGCAUAGUCGCAUGGCGUAGGGGCAGAGCACCAAUUUGUGGCCAUCCACUUGAUUUUUGAGCA